AUGUUUGGAAAAGAGCCAAAAUGGUUACACCUCGUUGAAAUGAUCGAACACUAUAAGCUACAGGGCGUCUCGAAAUUCUAUUUCUAUGAUCGAGAAAUUGGUUUGUAUGAUACAUUCCUGUUGAAAUAUUAUGCUGACAAAAAAGAAGAAGUUGAACUUAUCGAAAUUCCUCCCAUAUACUUUGAUGCUGUAUCACAACAAUUAUUAGCAAUAGCUGAUUGUCAUCUCAGAAACCGGCUAUUCUCCAACUGGACAAAUUUUUCGGAUAUCGAUGAAAGAAUGAUGAUGACGGAAGAGAAGGAAACUCUCCGAGAAUUUCUUCAAGAUUCUAUAAGCGAUAAAAAUGGAGCAGUCAUGUUUGCUCAGCGAUGGAUUUUCAAAUAUGAAAAGUUGCCCCAGAAAUUUGAAAAUUACCAACAGGCACUACCGUGA